GUUUACUCAUUGUUGAGAAACGUCGGGUGGGUGCCAAUGCACAGUCAUCUUAAUUUCCAAACCACUAUAAUUAUCUCCAACACCUAUCUAUCUAUCUAUCUAUCUAUCUAUCUCUUACAUAAUUAUAAUUCACCUGUCACCUCCUCUUUUUAUCUCUCUGAAAGAAAAGAAAAAUGGUGUUAACGACCACCAUUAAGGACUCCGGCGGUCACUUGGACUGUACUUUCGCUUCCAGAUAUGUCCGCACUUCACUUCCCAGGUUCGAGAUGGGUGAGCAGCCAGUACCGAAGGAAGCGGCAUAUCAGAUAAUACACGAUGAGCUGAUGCUGGAUGGGAACCCCAGGCUGAAUCUGGCGUCGUUUGUGACCACUUGGAUGGAACCCGAGUGCAAUAAGCUCAUCAUGGCCUCCAUCAACAAAAAUUACGUUGACAUGGAUGAGUAUCCUGUCACCACCGAGUUCCAGAACCGAUGCGUUAAUAUGAUAGCCCGUCUGUUCCAUGCCCCUCUUGAGGACGGUGAAACAGCUGUAGGUGUGGCGACUGUGGGUUCAUCAGAGGCCAUAAUGCUGGCUGGUCUUGCCUUCAAAAGAAAGUGGCAGCAUAAGAGACAAUCAGAAGGCAAACCCUAUGACAAGCCCAACAUUGUCACUGGAGCAAACGUGCAGGUCUGCUGGGAGAAAUUUGCCAGGUACUUUGAGGUUGAAUUGAAGGAGGUGAAACUGAAAAAAGGAUACUAUGUAAUGGAUCCUGUGGAAGCAGUGGAGAUGGUGGAUGAAAAUACCAUAUGUGUUGCCGCGAUCCUGGGGUCUACCCUGAACGGGGAGUUUGAGGACGUAAAGCUGCUUAAUGAUCUUCUCACCAAAAAGAACAAGGAAACUGGAUGGAACACACCAAUUCAUGUUGAUGCUGCCAGUGGAGGGUUCAUUGCUCCAUUUUUGUACCCAAAUCUCGAUUGGGAUUUCCGUAUGCCAUUAGUGAAGAGCAUCAAUGUCAGUGGUCACAAGUAUGGCCUCGUGUACGCUGGUGUUGGCUGGGUUGUGUGGAGGAGCAAGGAGGACCUGCCAGACGAGCUUGUCUUUCAUAUCAACUACCUUGGAUCUGAUCAACCCACUUUCACCCUCAACUUCUCUAAAGGCUCAAGCCAAAUAAUUGCCCAAUACUAUCAGUUCAUAAGGCUUGGCUUUGAGGGCUACAAGAACAUAAUGGAGAAUUGCAUGGAGAAUGCAAAGGUGCUGAAAGAAGGGAUAUUAAAGACGGGGCGGUUUGAGAUUGUCUCCAAAGACGUGGGGGUACCUUUGGUGGCAUUCGCUCUCAAAGACAGCAGCAAUCACACAGUGUUUGAAAUAUCCGAGAGCCUGAGAAAGUUUGGAUGGAUCGUUCCAGCAUACACAAUGCCACCCAAUGCCCAAGACGUUGCAGUCCUGCGGAUUGUGAUUAGAGAGGACUUCAGCCGUAGCCUGGCAGAGAGACUUCUCUCAGACAUUGAGAAAGUCAUGAAGGAGAUGGACAUGUUGCCUCCCCGAGUGUCCGGUACUACUAAAACUGCCCAUGUCACCGCGGUUGUGGAUGAAACACAGGACAGCAAGGGCAGUGGGCAUCAUGUGAAAAGAAGCAGCAAUGAGACUGCUGAAGAAGUACUUGGGCAUUGGAGAAGAAUUGCAGAGGGUAAGAAGACUAAUGGACCCUGCUAAGUCUCAGUAAGUCGCCCUUGUGCAAGCUUUUGCUCGGUCCUUCUCUACCCUUGUUUUUGUGUGGAUUGCAUUGCCAUUGCCUUUGUAGUAGUAUGAUUUUCUCUUGAAAAUGUGUAUGGUACCUUUCAAAAUCAGGUGAAUAAUCCUAACUCAUGAGAUUACUAUUUGAUAUAUAUUUGGUUUGUGAA